UCUAGCGACGCGUCUAGAGACAGCCGAAGCCCGCCUCAAAGCCUUUGGGGCUGGGGGCGUCUGUACUGCCCCAUGCUUACCUCGCAACUCGCGGUACUCCAGGUCUUCUUCUUGCUGGUCCCCGAGAGGGUCCAGCCUCAGCCCUCUCCUUCCCCGUCUGGGGCAGGGUCCACCCAAUCGGACCUGGAGCAAAGGACGCAGGGCGGGACCCUUCAGCCCUCCUCGGAGGUGCCUGGGGUCUCUACAGAGGAUCCUGCUGUCGUGACUCCCUCGGCGCCUGGGAAUAGGACCGUGGACCUCUUCCCAGUCUUACCGAUCUGUGUCUGUGACUUGACUCCCGGUGCCUGCGAUAUAAAUUGCUGCUGCGACAGGGACUGCUAUCUUCUCCAUCCGAGGACAGUUUUCUCCUUCUGCCUUCCAGGCAGCGUGAGGUCUUCAAGUUGGGUGUGUGUAGACAAUUCUAUUAUCUUCAGAAGUAAUUCCCCAUUUCCUUCAAGAGUUUUCAUGGAUUCAAAUGGAAUUAAGCAGUUUUGUGUUCAUGUGAACAACUCAAAAUUAAACUAUUUCCAGAAGCUCCAAAAAGUCAAUGCAACCAACUUCCAGGCCCUGGCUACAGAGUUUGGAAGUGAAUCAUUCACUUCAGCAUUCCAAACCCAGUCACCACCACCUUUUUACAGGGCUGGGGACCCCAUUCUCACUUACUUCCCCAAGUGGUCUGUAAUAAGCUUGCUGAGGCAGCCUUCAGGAGUUGGAGCUGCGGGACUCUGUGCUGAGAGCAAUCCUGCAGGUUUCCUGGAGAGUAAAAGUACAGCCUGUGCUCGUUUCUUCAAGAAUCUGGCAGAUAGCUGUACCUUGGAUCCUGUCCUCAAUGCUGCCUCUUACUAUAACUUCACAGUCUUGAAGGUUCCAAGAGGUAUGAGUGAUCUGAAGAAUAUGAAGUUCCAGGUGCCUGUAACCCCUGUCUCACAGGCUGGCUCUCCUCUGUUGGCUGGAAACACUUGUCAGAAUGCUGUUUCCCAGGUCAUCUAUGAGAUAGAGACCAAUGGGACUUUUGGAAUCCAGAAAGUCUCCGUCAGUUUUGAACAAACCAACCUGACUAUUGAGCCAGGCACUUCAUUACAGCAGCACUUCAUCUUUCGCUUCAGGGCUUUUCAACAGAGCACAGCUGCUUCUCUUACUGGUUCUAGGAGUGGGAAUCCUGGCUAUAUUGUUGGGAAGCCACUUCUGGCUCUAACCGCUGAUAGAAGACACUCAAUGACCCUCUUACAGAGCCAGGGUGAUGGAACUUGCUCUGUUAAGAGACAUGAAGUACAAUUUGGAGUGAAUGCAAUAUCUGGAUGCAAGCUCAGGCUGAAAAGGAUAGACUGCAGCCACUUGCAGCAGGAGAUUUAUCAGACUCUUCAUGGAAGUCCCAGAGCCGAGCACGUGGCCAUAUUUGGUAAUGCUGACCCAGCCCAGAAGGGAGAGUGGACCAGGAUCCUCAGCAGGAACUGCAGUGUUUCAGCUGUGCAUUGUACUUCCUGCUGUGUCAUACCAGUUUCCCUGGAGAUCCAGAUAUUGUGGGCAUAUGUAGGCCUCCAGUCCAACCCACAAGCUCAUGUGUCAGGAGCCCGAUUCCUUUACCAGUGCCAACCCAUACAGGAUUCCCAACAAGAAACAGAAGUACCUUUGACAACUGUUGUGACCUUUGUGGACAUUACCCAGAAGCCAGAGCCUCCAAGAGGCCAACCCAGAAUGGACUGGAAAUUGCCUUUCGACUUCUUCUUUCCCUUCAAAAUGGCAUUCAGCAGAGGAGUAGACUCUCAAAAAGGCUCAGCCUCUCCCAUUCUUAUCCUGUGUCUCUUACUACUUGGAGUUCUUAACCUAGAAACUAAGUGAAAAAAAGGAGAAAAAGCAGAUUUCAGUUUUCCCUGUGGGAAGUUCUGAGGCAGCCUGCUUAUCUUGGCUAAACAGAUCCUCACCUGCUCAUGAUCAGAGAAGAGCAUUUAGGAAAACAGAGGACCUCACUGAAGGAGUGGAAUUGCUGGGCGAUAUAGUAACUUUAUGUUUGAUUUAUUGAGGAACUGCCAAACUACUUUCCAAACUGGCUGCACCACCAGCAGUAUACGAGGGUUCCAAUUUCUCCACAUCCUUGCCAACAUUUGUUAUUGUUUUUAUUUUAGCCAUCCUGAUGGGUGUGAAAUGGUAUCUCAUUGUGAUCUACCAUGCCUUUUUAAACUAUGGUGUAUGAGAUCUUACACCAGAAAUUAGCACAUCUGCUCUUCCAAGGCAGGAAUACCCCAAGUAUUCUUUUCUGCUCUACCCCUCUGCUAGUUUGAUUAGCUUGUAAGCCUAGUUUCCAAUUACAAAGCUGCUUAACAGCUUAGAUAAGAUGUUAUGGUGAUCUUAUCUCCAAUCACUCCCCUGUAACAGACCUUCGAGAAACAUUUUUUUAAAUCAUCUAGAGAAGAAUGCAGUCUUCUUCCCUCCCUUUAUUUAUACAGGAGGUCUCUUACUGCGUGAGGUUUCUGUUGUAAUCAUGUAUUUAAUUUAAGAAGCAAUGUGCAAUUUGGAUGGAUUGAAAUUGAAAUCCCAGCCAGCCUGUUGCAGGUGUGGAGAAACAGGUACUUGAAUACUUUUAGUGAGAAUAUAAACUGGUAGAAACUUGGAGAGAACAGCAAAUAGCUAUUUAAUAUGUAUCAAAAGCCUUAAAUAUGUUCAUAAACUUUAACCCAAGAAUUCCACUUAUUAGACAUUAUGGAGUGGGGGGAAUGUCCAACAGUAGGGGAGUAGUUGAAUAUGUAUCCAUAGAUUGGAAUGUUGUACAGUCACUGAAAAUUGAGUAGACCUGUCUUUAUGGCCAUAAGAAAAUAUUCAUGAUCUAUUUUUAAGUGAAUAAAACAGGCUACAAAAUAGUACAUAUGCUUUAUGGGCCUAUUUUUGUAAAACAAAAAAUAUUUAUACACAUGUACUUAGACAAACAAACGCCUGGAAGGCUAACAUGUCUAAAAUGGGAAUUUUUUUAAUAAUAAGCAUUUCUGAUUUUUAUAAUCAGAGAAAAUAAAACUCUGUUUUAAAGAAAAUAUUUGUUCUCCAGAAGAACCUCCCUGUUUAUUGUAUAUAGGAAUGUUCAUUGUUUAUGAGUAACUUCCCAUUUCUAUUGGUAUAUUUUGGGAUUCUGGGCCUGUCUUUGGCAUUCUGGGCCUUUAAAAGCAGGGGUUCCUAAAGGCCAGUCACAUCAUAAUCUGGGGUUCUUUAAAAAUGCUGAUUCCUGGGCCUUGUAUCCAGAGUUUCUAAUUCACUGGGGGCUCAAAGAAUCUGUAUCUUUUAAAAGCCUUCCUGGUGCUUCUGAUGUUCAGCCUGGUUUGUGACACUACAAAGUUAUAUUGCAUAGUCUGGCUGAAACUGGUUUAAGUGUCCUGAUAUUGCCAAUUUACAUAACAAGUCUACCGGCCUAGCCGACUCCCUUUUCUCUGAGAAUGCCCAUCACACAGAGCUCUGCUGUGUUGGGGUUACCUACAUGACCUCUUCUCUCCCUGCCACAGCUGACUAGACCAAAAAUGGAGGCCUGGACCAAGUUAGGCCAGUAAGAUUUUUCUCUCUAGGAAUAUGAAACUAGGACCAAGUCUAAAAGGGCUGAGGAAGCCAUUUUCUACCAAAUGUUCACCAAUGAAGAGUGUAUCUUAAAAGGAGAAAAAAAGAAGCAGAUUGCAGACAGAAGUGUAAAUAGGAAACCCAGAGAUGGAGGAAAUUCUUGGUUCCCAGCUUCCAGUUCCUCUUAUGAGAUCCAAUUUUACCUUCUGCUCUUGGAAACUAUAAGUUACUCUUUUAGUAAAUUGUUUUGCUUGAAUGAGUUUCUGUUACUAACAAUGAAAGAACUUGAGACUAAGAUAACUUUAACCUAGUACUCUAUGGCAGGUAAGAAGCAGUCCUCAGUCCUGCAUUCUUAUAGUCCGGUUCUAAAUAGUCCGCUUCCUAUGUGACUUUCUGGAUAUGUCCAGCCCUAUUCCCACUUGCUGAGACAAAAGUUAAAUCCCUCCAAUCAAAACAGAAUCACUUUUUCUUUUCAAGUUACAUGCAGGAAAGAUACCAUGGCUGUAUUAUUUCCUUGAUUUCUUUUUCUUUGUUGCUUGCUUCCUUUUUUUCUUUUUUUUUCUUUUUUUUUUGGUUAUAUUCAUUAGUUUAUUUUCUAUUUCCUUGAUUUCUAUACAAAGGCAAACUAGAUUAUAAUUCUGGUAUUUGAUUUUUCCUAACCCACAGUCACACAUCCCAUUCCUUUCUCUUUAUUGGUGGAAUAGAAUAUUAAUAGUAAAACAAUAAUGAAAAUAAAUAAAAAAUAUUUGGACAAUGUUAAAGGAUUUUCAUAUUUGAUCUUAACAAUGCUACAGGCUAAUAUAUGUAGAAUAUACUACCUAGAAUAUAGGCAAGUAUAGAAGAUAGACAAGGGCAGUAUAAUUAACACAUUGCUUAUUUGAGAAAACUAAGCCCAAAGAAAUUAAAUUCAUUCAUUUAUCAAAUAUUUAUUGGCUAUUAUGUGCCAGGAAUAUACUUCCCUGCUCUCAGGAGCUUAUAUUCUAGCAGAGAAGGCAGGAAAGCAAUUAACAUAAGGUGAUGUGUGGAUUAAGGAUGCAUUAAGAACAGAACAGGACUCCCUGAGAAGAGAAAGCCUAUGUCCCUAAUGGCUUUAGAUAUACCCACAGUUACCUAUUUUGUUCUAAGUUCAUAGUGAGAAUCUUAAAAGCUCAAGUACCCAAGGAAACUACUGGAGGACAAUUUUACUUCUUUUGUAUCCCCUACCCUACUUUAAAUCCAA